GGCAUAUAUACGGGCACGUGGGCCCGUGGAGCUCUGCCCCUCUCAGGAUGAAAGUGGCUGCGGACCCAGACCCUUCGCUGGUUUCCCAGCCUGAUAUGGACCCAGAAGCAGCCAAAGACAAGGACAAUUUCCGAAACUACACGUCCGGCCCGCUCCUGGACCGUGUCUUUGCCACCUACAAGCUUAUGCACACAUGGCAGACCGUGGACUUCGUCAGGAGGAAGCAUGCCCAGUUUGGGGGCUUCUCCUAUAAGAGGAUGACUGUCAUGGAGGCUGUGGACAUGCUGGACGGACUGGUGGACGAGUCGGACCCCGACGUGGACUUCCCCAACUCCUUCCAUGCCUUCCAGACAGCCGAGGGCAUCCGGAAGGCCCAUCCGGACAAGGACUGGUUCCACCUCGUUGGGCUCCUGCACGACCUGGGGAAGGUCCUGGCUCUGGCAGGGGAGCCCCAGUGGGCAGUGGUAGGAGACACCUUCCCAGUUGGCUGCCGUCCCCAGGCCUCUGUGGUCUUCCGUGACUGCACCUUCCAGGACAACCCUGACCUCCAGGACCCCCUGUACAGCACGGAGCUUGGCAUGUACCAGCCUCACUGUGGGCUCGAGAACGUCCUCAUGUCCUGGGGCCAUGACGAGUACAUGUACCGGAUGAUGAAGUUCAACAAAUUCGCCCUCCCACCGGAGGCCUUCUACAUCAUCCGGUUCCACUCCUUCUACCCUUGGCACAAGUUCGGUGACUACCAGCAGCUGUGCAACGAGCAGGACCUGGCCAUGCUGCCCUGGGUGCAGGAGUUCAACAAGUUCGACCUCUACACCAAGAGCUCCAGCCUGCCAGACGUAGCCGCGCUGCGGCCCUACUACCAGGGGCUCGUUGACAAGUACUGUCCUGGCGUCCUGCGCUGGUGACCGCCGGCCCACCCCCUCACCCGCCGGUUGCCCGGGGCGCAGCCCUUCCAGGGGGGCCGCACGGGCCCACCUGCCCUCCCUGCCGGUUGGCAAUAAAGACCCCGAAGCGC